AUGGGAGCUCGCACCGUAUCGGCCUCUGGGCUGAUCCUCUCAUCACGACCGACCGGGACCUCCGUCUGCAGCCAAUGCCUCCGCGAUGACCUCCGCUUAACGCAAAUCGCUCUUCAAUCCCGAAAAUAUCAUCCUACCCGCCGGAGGGAUGCUUCGCCAUUUGGGGCUGCCGUGUCGGCGGCCCAAACCAUCUUCAAGGGUAUGCCGAAGGCGCCUGCAGGCGUCUCGGUCGACCCGUUGAGAAUUGUUGGGAAAGAGCUCAAGUUUCUCACGAAGAACAUCCGGCAAUUGCUUGGCUCCGGCCACCCGGCGCUUGACAAGGUCGCCAAAUACUACACUCACAGCGAGGGCAAGCAUAUGCGGCCUUUGUUGGUCCUCCUCAUGUCCCAGGCCACAGCCCUGGACCCGCGCAAGCACCACACCUACUCCGAUAAACCCGCCACUGUCGACGACUCCUUUACUGCCCAGACGAUUCUCGAUGACGCCAACCCAGAGAUGAAUCCGCUCGUUUCCAAAUCCGCCGACAGCAAAUAUGACUUUUCGGGAGACGAGAACAUCCUGCCUUCACAGCGGCGCCUGGCCGAGAUCACAGAGUUGAUCCACACAGCCUCUUUACUCCACGACGAUGUCAUUGAUAAUGCGGUGACACGCCGCGCUAACAGCUCCGCGAACCUGGCGUUCGGAAACAAGAUGGCCGUGCUGGCGGGUGAUUUCCUGCUUGGGCGUGCUUCGGUGGCACUCGCUCGUCUCCGCGAUCCCGAGGUGACGGAGUUGAUGGCUACUGUAAUUGCUAAUCUGGUCGAGGGCGAGUUCAUGCAGCUGAAGAACACCGCGCAAGACGAAUCCAAGCCCGCUUACACCGACGAGACCCUUUCCUACUACCUCCAGAAGACCUACCUGAAGACUGCCAGUCUUAUCAGCAAAUCAUGCCGCUCCGCUGCGGUCCUAGGUCGGAGUGCGCCGGAGGUCAUUGAGGCUUCGUACGCUUACGGCCGCAACUUGGGAUUGGCUUUUCAGCUCGUGGAUGAUAUGUUGGAUUACACUGUUACCGAGGCGGAGAUGGGCAAGCCAGUUGGUGCGGACUUGGAGUUGGGUCUUGCGACUGCGCCGCUCUUGUUCGCGUGGAAGAGUAACCCCGAGCUUGGUCCUCUUGUUGGACGGAAGUUCCGCAAGGAGGGUGAUGUGCAGCGGGCCCGUGAGAUCGUCUAUCGCAGUGAUGGUGUUGAGCAGACUCGUGCUUUGGCCCAGGAAUAUGCUGACAAGGCCAUUGCUGCCAUCAGUGAUUUCCCUGACAGUGAUGCCAAGACCGGUCUGAUUGAGAUGUGUGAGAAGACUAUGAAGCGGAGAAAGUAG